AUGGCUUGGCUUGGCUCCUUUGAAGAAUUCCUCGAUAGGUUUGAGCGAGAGAAUGAAAGGGACGAAUCUAAUUUCGGUCCCUCAAUCAUUCCGAAUGAAUGUCCGGCUAUUAUAGAUACUCAAGAUGAAUUUCCUGAAGGUGAUAUACCAGAAAAAGAAUUAGGAGAUCAAUCCACUAAUAUUAGGGUUUCGUCUUACUAUGAAUCUGAAGGGGUAUCGGGUCAAAGGAUGAUUAGUUCAUCUAUGGUUAGCUUUUUACCAACUACUCGUUCAAAAAGUAAGACUCAAAAAGUUUUGGAGGAUGAGGUUAUAGUAGACAAGGAUCCUGCUUCUGUAUUAACGGAAGAGGAUUUAGAUAAUAUUAGGGUUGAAUUCAGAAUUCCACAGGAAAUAGAAAUGCGAAUCUCUGGUUCUAGCGAAUCAGCUUCUUAUGAAUUUCCUGGAUGGACUGUAGUAUAUGCUAUAUCAUUAAGGUGUGGAUUAAGUCUUAAUUUUGGUCUUCACGAAUUUCUUGUUGCUUACUCUUGGCAAGAAAACAAAAAGGAUGUAGGUAGAUAUAUGUUGUCGAAAAAGGAUAAGGAAAAUUUGAUUGUUGGGACGACGUCCAGUGAUCAUAACUGGCAAAAGAGAUAUUUCUUGGUGAAAAAGGAAACUCUUUUGGAGGAUGACGAUGCUAUUCCUAGUUCUUGGACAAUUCAAGGACCCCAUAUGGCUCCAAGAGUAAUCGUUCCUUUGAGUCUUAAAGAGAUUGCUGAAAAGAAGAAAGUCCAGAAAAGUUCUAAGGAGAAGAGGACGAAGAGAAAACAUGAAUCUAUCUUGGGACUUCACAGUGAGUUAGGAACAAUUGCUGAAGUAACUGAGACUUCUGAAAUUCCUGAGGGUGACAUAGAUGGUGAUUCCACACUUAUAAGGAAAAAGAAAAUCAGGGUAUCGUCUCCUUCUCCAGUAGGUGAAAGUGCGGGAUUGAGCAAGGAGGCCGAUGACAUCAUUCAGGUUCCUGAUGAUGAAUUGAGACUAUCGGGUGAUGAUCUUCCGUCUAGUCUUUCGGCAAGGAGUUUUGAGAUGUCGAUCCCUAACAUCCCUCUUUAUUCGAGGCCUGCUGAGUUAUUUCCUGAUUUGCAUAAAUUGGCUUAUCCCCUCGGUUUCACCCCUCCUAAAUUGACUCUUGAAGACGCUUCUAUUUACAGCAUUUCUCAUGUUUUUCAGCUUUACAUUGAUAAAGAAGUAGAAAAGUUGAGUGAGGAAGUAAAGCUAAGGAUGGAGGCCGAAGCUCAAUUGGAAAAAACGAAGAAUGCUGCUUCUGAAGCUUUAAAGAAGGCUGAAGAUAAGUUCGAUGAAUUGGACAGAAGGCAUAUUGCUUUGAAGACUGAUUUCACAGAUCAGGGCAGACAAUUGUCCAACAUAAUACAGCAACAGAAAGUUACGGAAGAGGAACUUUCAGCUUUCAAGAUCAAAUUUCAAGAAAAUGAGAUAUUAUUGAAGGAUCUGCAAGAAGUUGGUUCUAACCUGAAAGAUUGUGAAAUUGAGCUAAGUGCUUCUAUCGAGAAAGCGAAUCAGCUAUUGGAUGAGCUGACAGAAUCAAAGGAAGAUGUUGAUUUCUACAAGGGAGAAUGUGCUCUUGCUGCUGGAAAGGAAAGAAUCAAAGCUUUGGGAGAAGUAAUGAUGCACUACAAGGCUGGAACUUUAAAGGAGGAAGAAGUUCAUCGAAUGAUCAAAGAAUAUGAAGAAUUCAAAGUCAUCGAUGCAACGCAAACUUCUGCCUCUGAAGCCGAAGACGACGUUUAA